UUGAAACGGUUGAAACGGUAACCACAAGGACCGUUAAUCUCUUUAGGGCAUUGAGACUUCCUUGAUUUCCCUAAGUCUUCCAAUUCAGUAAAAGUAGUGUAGAAAUUUCGUUAUCAAAGCCAAAGAAAAUUUCCAUAGGAUGGACGUAGACUCUGCCAAUAGCAUUGAGGCAAUUGAGGCUUUUUGGAGUGAACUUGAAAGUAUUGAGGAGAGACUGUCGAAGUUCAUUUGCAAUGAAUUCCUCUCAGAUAUGACUUUUCUGGUAGGAAAGGAACGCAAAAGAGUUCCUGGACACAAGUUUAUACUAAAUUCAUGCAGUUGGCAGUUCUACAAUGCAUUCAAUCUGCUAAAGUUGGACAAAGAUGAAUUCCUGGUUGAGGAUGUAUCUUACGAGGCAUUUCUGGAAUUUCUCAAAUAUUGCUACACGGGAAAGGUGGAUUUGGAUAAUGAAAAUGCAAUAGAUAUUUACAUACUUGCCCAGAGAUUUAAAAUUGAUCCUCUGUUAAGGCUUUCUGAGGAUCACGUAAGCUCAAAGAUAACUGGUGAGACAUGCUUGAAGCUAUACAGUGAAUACUUGUGCAUUCGGGAAAAUCCUUUUCUGAACAUGAAGAUUUUGGAUACUAUUGCAAAUAACUUUUCUUACCUUAUGAGAAGAGAAGAUUCCGUGCAAGCAUUCAUUGAUCUUCCAUUGGAUGCACUGAGGAAAAUAGCAAAUAGUGAUUUGGAAUGUGAUGAAAUGCAAUUGUUUGAUUCCCUGAUGAAAUGGGCAAUUCACAAUUGCAUAAAGACCAAUAUUCCUCCUGUGCCUAAGAAUCUUAGGAAAAUUUUGCACGAUGUGUUUUACAAAAUAUCAUUGCGAUCUAUGAAAAUGAAAUGGAUUUUGGAAAUUCUGGCUAAAUAUCCAGGACUUUUGAUGCAAAGUGAAAUUGUAGACAUUUAUUCCUUACUUGAAGAAAAAGAAAAGAUUUAUCCAAAAGGGAAUCAAUGCAAAUUGAAAUUUUCAAUAAAUUCCUUAAGAAUUGACAUUUCUCUGGGGGAAAUGAUAAAUCCAUGUUUCACAAAGGAACUUCAAGUCAAUUAUGAUUGGUCGUCUCAAAAUCAAAUAAAAUUCAAGAGUUCAAUAUUAACCAUGACUCUCUUGGGAUACGGCUUCAUUGUUAAAAGGAGUCAAGAAAUUCCGAAUAUUACAUACGAAAUAAGAUGUCUUGAUCGCAACUUUUCUAUAACAAAUGUAGGAACAGUGGAGAAAAGGCAUAGGAUUAGUUGGGAUUACGAAUUAGUUAUUGUACGGUUCCAGGAAAAGGUAAAGAUCAGGCCACAUUUCUUCUAUAACUUAGAUUGCAAAUACGAUGUAUAUGUACCGCGAAUUAGUAAAACGAAACAAACAUUGUGCUCCAAUAUUACAGGAAUUCAAACUGAAAUCGAUGAUAAUAGCAACUUUAUACCGUAUUUAAUUUUCAAUUUUUUUUAAUGUCAACUAAUUUUUUUAAACCACAUAAUGCAAUCAAAUCACACUGAAAAUUCAAUCCAAUCAUUUUAUGAUGUAAAACUGUUCAUGAAAAUAUACUAAAAAAACAAAAACUAUUAUAAUUUUAUCGAUUUUGAAUAAACUAUUGACUAAAAAGAAA